AUGGAAGUUGAUGUUGUGUGCCUUUUGGAAACUAGGAUUAGGAGGAUCAAUGCUGGUAAAUUCACCUCUGUGUUCUCUAAUGACUCGAAUAUGGCUGAUACUUAUGAGUCUAUUGAGGGUGACAGAAUUUGGGUUUUGUGGAAGAAACAGUGGUCUUUUACUGUCUUGAAGGUUACUGAUCAGUCCCUAACUAUUGCUGGCAAUGUUAAUGGUCAUAGGACUCUGAUCACUGUUGUUUAUGGUUGUAACAGCAGGACUGCCAGGAGAGGAUUAUGGGAUCAUCUAAAAAUCCUGGAAAGUGAGGCUGAUUCUUCUCCUUGGGUGGUUGGAGGAGAUUUCAAUGUCAUCCUUAGAACUGAGAGCUCUGACUUUGAGACCCUAGGUGUGCACAUCUCCCCUGACAUGGAGGAUUUUCAAGACUGUCUGGAGGACUUAGAUCUUUUGGACCAUCCCUAUCUAGGUCCUUCCUUCACUUGGUCUAAUAAACAGGACGAGGCUCGCAAGUUAGACAGAAUUUUGGUUAAUCCUGGUUGGCUGUCUGUUUUCCCAGAUUCCUUUGCUGAAUUUAAGGCGCAGGGUGUUUCUGAUCACUGUCUUGGUGUGAUUUGGACUCAAAAGGGUGUCUUGGCUAGGAGGCCAAAGCCUUUUAAAUUUUUUAACUAUUGGACCACUAGUGCAAACUUCUUGAAUAUUGUAAAGGUGUCUUGGUUGGAACACUGUGAGGGUAAUCCUUUGCAAAGGCUUUUCACAAAAAUGAAAAGACUAAAGCCUAAUUUGAAGAACUUAAAUAAGGAACAAUUUUCUGAUAUUUCAAAAAGAGUUCUCAGUAAAAGAGCUGACCUGGAAAUAAUUCAGCUGAGAAAUUUGAAUCAUGUUGAUCAAAGGAAUAUUGAUGAGGAGAGGAUUGUUCAUGCUGAGCUGGUUGAUCUGGAGGUGGCUGAAUCUGAUUUUUAUAGGCAGAGGGCAAAGGUUCAUUGGCUAAAGGAAUGUGACCUUAAUACAAAGUUUUUCCAUCAAAGAGUUGAAUCUAAUAAAAAGAGGAACACUAUAAAAGUUUUAGAGACUGAUAAUGGGUAA